AGGGCACGCGAGCCACUUUUCCCCCCGCGCGCGCCCGCCGCUCGUCCACGGAUCUUGCUGAAUAAGAAGAAGGACGCGAGUCCGAGCGGCCCGAGCGCGUUCGCACGCCUCGCGCCUCCUUCGAACGCGAUCCAGCGGAGGAAACGGAGGGGACGGGACUACGAGCAUCGCGGAAUGCGAGUCGCGAGUGGCGUGAGACGGGGACGCGGCGCGGAUCGCCGCGAUUGGCGUGAGCCCGCGCGCGCUUCCGCAGCCAGCAUCUUACGCGCGGCGGCUGUGAGCGAAGGAGCAGCGGGCCACGACGGUGGAGAAGAAGGCGGCAGACGAAGACGAGGAGGAGGAGGAGGCGGAGGAGGAGGGAGUGAGGUCAACGUCGCGCAACGGCGAGGCGAGAGGAUGGUGCAGCGGCCGGCGGCGGCGGCGGCCUCCGCGAGGACGCGCGGCCUUCUCGCCGGUGUCUGCCUCGUCUGGAUCAUCGGCGGCAUCUGCGCCACCGAACCACUUCAGGAGCCGCGCUUCACCAAUCAACCGUCCAGCAGUGGCAACAUACUUAGCGAGAAUCGCACGAAGUUUCUGCAAUGCCAAGCUAGAGGCAAUCCUCAACCGAAGUACAAAUGGUUCAAAAACGGGAUGCCCCUAAACAACGAGCUCACCUCGGGGCCUUACUUCCGUAUUCACAGUACCCGGCGGGAGGACGCCGGGGUGUAUCAUUGCGUCGCAACGAACGACGUGGGGUCUAUAUUCAGCGAUCGUCUCGCCUUCGCCGUAGCCUAUAUGGGGACGUUCGACGAUCUCACGGAGAAAGUGGUGACCGUCGAGUCGGGUAGCGCCGCGAUUCUGGAACUGCCCCCGAUCGAGAGCCAUCCCAUUCCUGACGUAACGUGGUUCUCUUCGGACGGGACUCCUCUGUACGGUAUAAAGUACGCCACGACCCACCACACGUUGAUCAUACUAAACGCUUCGGAAAACGACGAAGGCACCUACAGGGCGAAAGCUAUUAACACUCAAUUGGGCAAGGAGGAGAUCAGUCCGUUUUUCAAACUGCAAGUCACCGGCGAUCCGAACGCGGAGGUAGCCCCUACCAUAAUCGUCAAGCCGCAGGAUACGCAGAUAGUCAAAGAUCAAGAUGUCACGCACAUAAAUUGCAUCGCGAACGCCAGAUCACUUCACGAGCUAAGAACCUUGUGGAUGAAAGACGGCAUUCCGAUCGAGAACUCUAGAAUAUCGUACAGCUUUAACGAUUCGUGGAAUAGAACGCUCGCGUUGAUCUCAGCCAACAUAACUUACACGGGAAUUUAUUCCUGCCACGUGGACUUGCGAAGUGGCGGUUACCCGAUUGUAAAUGCGAGCGCUAAAAUCGUUGUAUAUGAAAAACCGACAUUUAUAACAGAAUUAAAAAGGGAAACCUUGAGCGAUUACGGGUCCACGGUAACGUUACCGUGCGACGCUAAUGGCGUGCCGUCUCCUACAAUCACUUGGUUCCGUAAUGCCGAACCUGUCGAUCAUUUACUAGGAACCAGAUAUGUGAUAGAGGAAGAUGGCUCACUGACAAUUAAAAAAUUAACUAUGGAUGACUCGGGGAUGUUUCAGUGCCUCGCUUCCAACGAAGCCGGCGAAUCGUCUAGUUAUACCUGGCUAAAAGCGAAAAAAGGAUUAAGAAGCAGAUUGAGAAACAGAGUUGCCCGCUGGGCAGCUGGCUACAAUGUAGUCAGAAUUCGCCAGUCUGAUCGCCGUUUUAUGUUCUCUCAAUAUCCAAACACAUCUGGACCGAUAAUGGAGAACGGGCCACAGAAUUUAACGGUGUUAGACGGCAAAGAUGCGACUCUGAGUUGCAACGCGAUCGCGGCACCUAAGCCAAAUGCCACCUGGUAUUAUAACGCAGACAUGAUACCUGUGGAGAUCGCCGGGAGAGUACAAGUUUUGGAUAACGGCGAUCUUUUAAUUGCGGCAGUGAAAUCCUACGACGCAGGAAAAUAUACUUGUAUCCGUGCGAACGAAGCUGGCUCUGUCAACGGAUCGGCAUAUUUGACCGUUAUGGUUCGAACUCAAAUUAUCCAACCACCUGUUGAUACAUCUGUGCUUCUCGGGCGCACCGCCGAAUUGCAAUGCAAAGUCUCGAACGAUCCUUCUGUCGUAUACGAUAUGGCAUGGUUUCACAAUGGACAAGUAAUAAACACGCAAGCGAGCCAAAGAGUGAAGAUGCGAUCGGACGGCACUCUCGAGAUUGUCACCGUUCGAGCUUCCGACGUUGGUGAGUACACAUGCUCUGUGGUAUCACCGGGUGGCAAUGAAACGCGAUCUGCUCGUCUGAGCGUGAUCGAGUUGCCUUUCCCACCGAUCAACGUCGUGGCCACGCGGGUUGAAAGGAUCUCGCCACGCACAAUCAACGUCACGUGGGUGCCUGGCUUUGAUGGCAACAGUCCUACGAAAAAAUUUAUAGUUCAGAGACGAGAAGUAUCCGAUCUGGGACCUAUACACGAUCCAAUAUUAAACUGGGUCACCGAACGCGAUAAUGUAUCUGCGACUAGUCGAUGGGUACUGUUGAAUAAUUUGAAAGCUGCGGCGUCUUAUCAAUUUCGUGUUAGCGCCGAGAAUAGCGUCGGCGAAGGUCCAUCAUCAGCAGCUAGCAACAUUGUCGUUUUACCUCAAGAACCGCCAAGUGGUCCACCUAUUGGCUUUGUUGGUUCAGCACGUUCGUCGUCGGAAAUAAUAACGCAAUGGCAACCUCCGCUAGAAGAAUACCGAAACGGCCAUAUAUUAGGAUAUAUACUGAGAUACACGCUCUUCGGAUACAAUGACAGUCCGUGGACGAUGCAAAAUAUCACCAACGAAGCACAAAGAAAUUAUCUCAUUACAGAUUUAAUCACAUGGAAGGACUAUGAAGUGCAAAUAGCAGCUUACAACGAGAAGGGCGUGGGUGUAUAUUCGAAGGGCUUGCAAAUAAAAACCAGAGAAGGGGUCCCGGAAGCACCUCCAACAAACGUGAAAACGAAAGCAGUUAAUUCAACGGCGGUGAAAGUUUGGUGGAAGCCACCGAAUCCUCAGAAGAUCAAUGGGAUUAAUCAGGGAUAUAAAUUGCAAGCCUGGAUCGGCGGAAAUUUUACAGAAGCGAAUGAAUACAAAUCGAUGACCGUGCCGCCGAGUUUGUUUGAUCCGCUCGCUGAGCAGAACACUAUUAUGACAGGUUUAAGAAAAUACACUCAAUAUAAUAUCACGGUGCUCUGCUUCACCGAUCCAGGUGACGGUGAAAGGAGUUCACCCGUCGAAAUUCGCACUCGCGAAGACGUACCUGAAGAAGUAGAGAAUUUACAAUUUGAAGAUAUCAGCGAUCGUGCGUUAACUGUUAAGUGGAAUCGUCCUAAAGAGAUCAACGGAAUAUUGACACAUUAUCAACUGAAAUACAUGAUUAAAGACAUUCCGGAUUCUUUGCGCGUCGAAAAUUUCACGGCCGAUGUGCUAUCGACCAAAGUGGAGCAUCUUCAGGCACUAACCCAUUACAAAUUUGAAGUAACCGCUUGGACAUCAGUUGGACCUGGCAGAGCGAAAAUAGCGACCAUACAAUCAGGCGUCGAACCGGUGCUUCCGGAACCACCCACAAAACUAGCCUUGUCCAACAUUGACGCGUUCUCCAUUGUAUUGCAGUUCACACCAGGAUUCGACGGAAACUCAUCCAUUACAAAGUGGACAGUAGAGGCACAAACGGCGCGAAACUCGACGUGGUAUAUUAUCUACGAAGUGUCCGAUCCUGAUGCCAGUACAAUCACAGUCGGUGGUUUGACUCCCUUUAUGCAAUACAAGCUCCGUUUGAUCGCGAAUAAUGUUGUCGGUGCCUCGCAACCCUCCGAGCCAACUAAAGAGUUUCAGACGAUUCAAGCACCACCCUCUCAUCCUCCGAAAAACGUCACGGUCCGCGCAAUGAGUGCAACCGAGUUACGCGUUAGAUGGAUCCCAUUGCAGCAAAUAGAAUGGUACGGAAAUCCGCGAGGAUACAAUGUCACUUAUACGGAAGUGCGGUCGAACAUCUCAAAGAGCAGUAUUAUCGAGGAUCACACCGCGAAUUCAUACGUUUUGGAAAACAUGGAGGAGUAUGCCGAUUACGAGAUAGUAAUGCAAGCGUUCAAUGAUGUUGGCUCUUCGAUAGCGAGUCCAAAGGCCAUUGAACGAACUCGUGAAUCAGUUCCUUCUCUGGGACCGAUUAACGUAGAAGCAAACGCGACAUCCUCUACGACUAUCCUGGUGCGAUGGGGCGACGUACCCGUGGAGCAUCAAAAUGGACAAAUCGAGGGCUUUAAAGUGUACUACGGUGCAAAUUCCAGAUCAACCUUCCAAUACAAGAAUAUUCCCAGUAACACCACUUUCACAACCACCUUAACGGAGCUUCGCAAGUUUGUCCAGUAUCACGUCCAAGUUUUAGCCUACACGAGACUCGGCGAUGGGGCGCUGAGCAUUCCACCUGUGAGAGUCCAGACCUUUGAUGAUACUCCCGGUUCACCGUCUAACGUAUCCUUCCCCGAUGUGAGUUUGACCACAGCCCGUAUUAUCUGGGACACACCAGAGGAUCCCAACGGAGAGAUUCUCGCAUACAAAGUCAUGUUUCAUUUAAAUAGCAGUCAAGAUCGACAAUUUUCUAAAGAAUUUCCGGCGUCAGACAGAACGUUUAGAGCCACCGGACUUGAAUCUGAGCAAUACUACAUGUUUUCCGUGACGGCACAAACAAGAUUGGGUUGGGGUAAGACGGCUUACGCGCUAGUAUUUACGACGAACAACAGAGAACGUCCUCAAGCGCCAUCGGUACCACAAGUGAGCAAAUCGCAGAUUCAGAGUCGCCAGAUAACAUUUAGCUGGACGCCAGGCAGAGACGGUUUUGCUCCGUUAAGAUAUUACACGGUGCAACAGUCGGAGAAUUCUGGACCAUUCCAAAUCAUCCCAGAGAGAGUGGAACCCACAUUGACGUCUUACACUGCUAACAAUUUGAAACCUUACACGCACUAUCAGUUUCGCAUUCAAGCUACUAAUGACAUAGGUCCUUCAGAAUGGAGCAAUGAGUCAGCUCAAGUACAAACUCUGCCUGCAGCACCAUCAAAAGGUGUCACCGGUUUGAAAGUUGUACCGAUAACAACAUCCAGUGUCGAAGUUCAUUGGAACAUGAUCGACGAGGUAUAUUGGAGCGGUGAUUAUGAAACAGGUGGUUAUCGUGUCGUUUAUCAACCGGUGUCAGAUUUUCCAACGCCUCUUCAGACAACGCCGAAAGAGGAGAUUCUGGGAAUUAAAGAAACUAAAAUGGUUUUAAGCGACUUGACGGAGGACCGAUAUUAUGAGAUCGUAGUGCUGCCAUUUAACUCGGAAGGCGAAGGCCCGCCGAGUCCACCGGUCACUGUGUAUGUAGGCGAAGCGGUUCCUACGGGAGAGCCUCAAUAUUUAAAAGCCGAGCCAAUCUCUUCCACCGAGGUUCUCUUGCGUUGGAAACCUCCCCAAGCGAAUAUGCAAAAUGGCGAUUUACUAGGAUAUAAGAUUUUUUACUUGGUAACUGACUCUCCUCAAACUUUGGAGAAAAAACAAGAAGAAGAGAUAGAAGUUGUUCCAGCAUCUUGUUUAACGCACAACUUAGUUUUUCUUGAUAAGUAUACGGAAUAUCGUAUACAAGUUUUAGCAUUUAAUCCUGCUGGAGAUGGUCCACGAUCUCCACCAAUUACUGCGAGAACGAAACAGGACAUUCCAGGACCACCGUAUUAUUUGCAAUUUAACGAAAUUACUAUGACCAGCCUUCGCGUCUCUUGGAAACCGCCGAAGUUACGCAAUGGCGAGAUAGUUGGUUACAUCGUCACAUAUGAAACGGCAGAGCAGAAUGAUCGUUUCAGUAAACAAGUUAAACAAAAAGUGACAGAGACUAGUCUCCUUAUCCAACCGCUGGAGGAGGAAGUAACGUACACCUUCAUGGUUCGCGCGCAGACGAUCGACUUCGGACCACCGAUAUCCGGCAAUGUUACAACUGGUCCGCAAGAAGGUUCGCCGAUGGAGCCCAGCAAUCUCAGCGUGACCAAAACGGUUUCCAGCGUGGAACUACAGUGGACCAACGGAGCUUCCGGCAAAGGUCCUAUACUCGGUUAUUAUAUUGAGACUCGUCGUAAAGCGAUGGAAGAAUGGCAGCAUUACGAUUCGCGCUGGCAGACAAUAAUUCGUACUAGCAAUGGACCACUGACGGAGUAUACUGUGUCUUAUCAAAACUUACUACCGUCCACGUCGUACUUGUUCAGAGUAAUAUCGUACAAUCGUUAUGGAAUCAGUUAUCCAGCGUAUUCCACCGAAACUAUCUUAACACCAUCGAAAUUGUACUUGGAAUACGCAUACCUGCAACACAGGCCGUUUUACAGGCAGACCUGGUUCAUGGUCACUUUAGCCGCUGUAUCAAUUAUAAUUAUCAUUAUGGUCAUAGCAAUAUUAUGCGUAAAGAGUAAAAGCUACAAAUAUAAACAAGAGGCACAAAAGACUCUAGAGGAAUCGAUGGCGAUGGAUGCAGACGACAGACAGGAAUCGGAUCUGGAAUUAUACAGAUCACGCCAGGGCACAGGCGGUGCCAUUAAUACAGCAAGUGGUACUUUGGGUAAGAGAAACACAUUAGCCCGGAAGGCGAUGCAUCCUCCACCACCCACAAUGCUAGGCAAAUCGCCUCCCAGGCCUUCUCCAGCGUCUGUCGCCUAUCAUAGCGACGAGGAGAGCCUCAAGGGAUAUGAUGAGAAUCCCGACGACAGCAGCGUCACGGAGAAGCCCUCCGAAAUUAGUUCCACUGAUUCCCAGGGCUCUGAGAGCGAGAACGAGAGUGUACAGUCCGAUCCGCAUUCCUUCGUGAAUCACUACGCGAACGUGAAUGACUCGUUAAGGCAGUCGUGGAAAAGGCAGAAACCCGUCCGGAAUUAUUCGUCGUAUACGGAUUCUGAGCCGGAAGGCAGUGCGGUUGUCAGUCUGAACGGCGGUCAGAUCAUCAUGAACAACAUGGCCAGAUCGAGAGCGCCGUUGCCAGGUUUCUCGUCGUUCGUAUAAUUAAACGAAUUACCAACUACGUUCGGACAGAGGAAUCUUUUUUUAUUCAUAUAUUAAUAUCAAAAUUGCCGCUGCUACUUCGCUUCGAGUGAAGUCUUUUUUUAUACAUAUACAUAUAUAGAGCGAAAGACUUACGUCGGGAACACGUGUUUCGUGCGUGCUAACGGCAUAGACUUAUAGCAAACUAUAGGAAGCUUGAGGCAUCUUCGUAUUGUGAUAUAUCGAUAUAUAUAUAUAUAUUAUUUAUAAUUUUCUAUAAGACACUUCGCAUUUAAUAGAUACUUUUGUACUUUCUCGGAUUAGUUUAAGGAUCAAACAGCUAGCAUACGGAUCUCGUACAAACGUAACGUUUCACAAAUUUCGUGCCUGUGAGGCAGAGGAGUGUAAGUCCAAAUAUUCUUUUUUUCCAACAGAUAUUUCGGUUUCGUCCCCGUUCUAUCUCUCAGGUUAACAAUUACAUACAUAAUUCAAUUCUUGCAUUUUUGAUAUGGUAUUUAUCACAGAUGCAUACGAUUUGUGAAUGAUAGUCGCCUUAUUGUGCAGUUUUCAGAAGAAGCAAAAUAUCAAUUCCAACAUAACGUUGCAAUCGUUGGCCUAUCAUAUCAUUUUAUCAAUCCAUUAAAGAUCUUAAUCAAGAAGAUCGAGACAAUGAAUUGUGGGACGCUGUAUAAAUCUGCUCUUAUGCUGGCGUAUUCGUAGUACGUCAGAUGCGUGUAAAUAUGUUAUAUAAGUACUUCCCAUAAGAAUGUAGAUUUUGUAUAAUGCUGCUACAUAUUACAGCGGACUAUAUCUAUUGCAUUCGCGUUUUGUGAUAUACAGUAAAAGCUCCAUAUUCGUGGGACUUACAUUUUAUUAAUAAGUAUCAAAAUCGCGAUUCUGGCAAACACAAUAUAUGUAGGAAGAGUAAAAUUUGAUGUAAAAAAAAUAUCUACAACAUAUGUAAAGUAUUAUUUUAUAAUUUAAUUUUAUAAUUCACGUACAUAAAUUAUAAAAUAAUACAGGCUACUCUAGCCUACACACUCUUAAAAGAAUCUUGGAAAAGAUCGAACAUAUUUCGCAGUUUUUCAUAAGGUUGAACUGUUUUCGAAAUAUAGGCGAUGGAAACAGACUUUACAGACAUCCUAUGUGAUAUACAUCUUUUUAUUUCAAUUUUAAAAUAAUUACUUCUCAAAACUAUUAAGACAUAUCUUUUUUAUCUUCGUUAUAAUAAGCAGAUUAUUUUAGACCUGCGAAUAUAGGAGAUACGCAAAUAUACAUAUAUGGAGCUUCUAUUGUACGUAGAUAUAUCAUACUGAAACACAGUAUUCAUAUCUUCUUAAACAUUCUCGUUUUAUUCAUGUAUGCCCAAAGUUGGAUAUCGAACGGAAGUUACGACGAUUGCAUAUAUCAAAUUUAUCGUAGCUAUGCGGAUAAUGGAACUUGAUUAAAAGACAGAAUAGAGAGAAGCCUAAUCUAACUACUAAUUAUUAAGUAAGACUAUUACCGAUUCGUAUUUCAUAAGAUUAUCAAGAGACGCGGUAGUGUCUCGCGUUUAUUUUACGCGAAAAGAGCUAUAAGUAUUUAGAAAUAAUUUUAUUUUGAAAAAAAGGUUUUAACGUCGCAAGAGGCAGCAAAUCCUCUAUCGACAAAAUGUUUCUACAGAAACAUCUCGAUAUUUCCGCGACACUGCCAGUGAACGUUUAGUGCAAAUUUUAAUUUUAUUUAUAUACUUCCAUGCGCGUACUUGUAACGACGUAAAAGUAUAAAAAUCAGGUGUAAUAUUAAUUGCAUAGAACACUAAAAGAAACUCUGUUAAAAUUUUAAUAAAAAUUUAUGCCAUUUUGGAA